GGUCCAAGCUCUCACCGCCGUCCCUAGUUGUCACCGCCGUGCCUAAAAUGGAGAUGGGAGACACAAACAAAUCUGGUUCUCCCUUGAGAAUCGGAUGUUGUCCCUUGCUAGCUAUGCAGUCUCCUACGCCAUUUUGACGAUCACCUUCAUAUUGUCGCCUUCUAGCAGCUCACCCUCAGGAUUACCAUCACCUUUAUGCCCAUUAAACAAUGAGAGUCCGAAAUCACCAAUGGUGGACUUAGUGGGAGAGGACUUAAAGGUAGAGGAACAAGAAGGGAGUCAAGGGACAGGGGAAGAGGGAGAGCAAGAGGGUACAAAUGAGGAUGAGGAUACAAGUAGAAAAAGAAAGACUACCUCAGAUGUUUGGGAGUAUUUUACAAGGAAGAAAGUUGAUGGGAAAUUUAAAGCCCAAUGCCAUUGUUAUAGCAAGCUUUACUUGGGUGACUCUAACCAAGGUUCUUCAACUAUGCCUGGAGAUUGUACACUUCAAUCAAUUCGUGAUGAUGGGGAGUCAAUGAAGAGGAUGGGAGUUGUGUCACAGCUGUGGAGGAUUAGAUUUUUUGUAUUAAUUUAGUAGCUCUUUUAAUUUCUUAGACUUCUUGGAUUAAUUUGUUGGUUUGUAAUUAUUCUAAACUUGUCACUUGUGGGAUUUAUUUUGUAGCUUUUUAAUUUCUUGGACUUGUUGGACUUGUGAUACUUAUUUCUUGGACUUGUUGAAUUUAUUUUCUUUUUAUGUUUA